ACUCGAGCGAACGAGCACCACGCGACGAAUGAAUAAUUUUAAUUGAAUACUUACACCACUCCCAUACAUUGUCGAAGUGUAUAAAAUGGUACUUUUGGUUAUUCUGGUCAUACAGCCUCUGCCACAUCGAGAAGUGACAACCUCUCCAUACCACUACAAACAACACACUUAUUAUGUGGACAUCGACUUUACGAGGAGCACUACUACUCACCGGCUUGAUACUGCUUGGUGAGACUAAAGCCAAUGAAUGUGAUGACAUUGACCUUGACUUCGCAGAGUUUACAGAUCUAGUCCAAAUCAGGAGGAAUGAUAGAUUUUUGUUGCGCAACUUACCAAAGGUUUUGGAAAAGAUACAGUGUUUAGAUAUGAAGUUGAGCUAUCUGGUGGAGGAAGUAGAAUCAAUGCAGAGAAAUCGAAGGUCACCGAUCCACCAAAGGUCAACAAGUACCAGGAAAUUUAUACACAAGAGGAAUCGCUACUAAGCCAUUAGACAAAGAUUGGAUUAAUGUUGAUAUUUGUAUGUUUGAAUUGUUAUGCGCAUGUUUCUUAAUUUAUUGUAAGAUUGUUAAAAAAGAAUUAAAAUAAUGUCUGAUAUGUUAUUAUUUUUAAAUGUCAAUGCAAUAUUUUUAUAGAUACAUCAAACUAAGGUGAUCUCUUUGUUUUUUACAUAUUGUUAAA